AUGCCUUCCAGAAACUCCAUUAAUAGACCAAAGGACAAGCUCAUCCGUAACGGCCACGCUGCUGCCAUCGGUAAGAAGAGAACUUCUCGUGCCAGACUUGCCGCUCCAACCAGAUCUUCCACUUCUCGUUACAACACCGAAUCUUCUACUGCUCCAAGACCUUCUGAAUCCACUGCUCUUGCCAUGUACGUUGGUUCCGCUGCUUCUCAACCAACCGGUGUCAUCACUAACAACACCUUGUCCAAGAAGAGAUCCAAGAAGAUCGCCAGAAACCAAAAGUACAUCGCUCGUAGAAACGAACAAUUGAACAUUGACAUCACUGCUAAGCACGAAUCCAUGGAUGUUGAUGCUGAAGAUAAAGAAGUCAGCGCUGUCAAGGCUGCCACUCGUUUGGAUAAGGUCAAGGAAGCCUUAUGGUCUGUUGUUGCUGACGGUGUCAGUGAAGGUUUGGCCUUGGGUUCUGGUAACGGUACCACUUUGGGAGUCCAAGCUUUUUAA